AAAGAAGUCGGCCGGCGGCAGCAGCAGCAUGGGUGACAAAAAGCCGGAAUUCAACGCUGGGAUCAUGGACCGCAAGCGGUCGCCCAACCGCCUCAUCGUGGACGAAGCAACGAACGAUGACAACUCGGUCGUGGCGCUGAGCAUGGCCAAGAUGGAGGAGCUCCAGCUCUUCCGCGGUGACACGGUGCUCAUCAAGGGCAAGCUUGGUCACGAGAGCGUCUGCAUCGUGCUUCAGGACGACAACUGCGAGGAAGCCAACAUCCGCAUGAACCGCGUCGUGCGCAAGAACCUCCGCGUGCGCCUCGGCGACCUUGUGUCGAUCCACGCCUGCGGCGAUGUGCCGUACGGCAAGCGCAUCCACGUGCUCCCGAUUGAUGAUACGAUCGAAGGCGUCACGGGCAACCUCUUUGAAGUCUACUUGAAGCCGUACUUUUUGGAGGCGUACCGCCCCGUGAAGAAGGGCGACUUGUUCUUGGUGCGCCAGGCCAUGCACCCUGUCGAAUUCAAGGUCGUCGAGACGGACCCUGCGCCGUACUGUAUUGUCGCGCCGGACACGAUCAUCCACUGCGAAGGCGAGCCCAUCAAGCGCGAGGACGAAGAGAAGCUCGACGAAGUGGGCUACAGCGACAUUGGUGGCUGUCGCCGCCAGAUGGCCCAGAUCCGCGAAAUGAUUGAGCUCCCGCUUCGCCACCCGACGCUCUUCAAGACGCUCGGUGUCAAGCCGCCGCGUGGUGUUUUGCUCUAUGGUCCCCCGGGCUCGGGUAAGACCUUGAUGGCCCGCGCCGUCGCCAACGAGACGGGUGCCUUCUUCUUUUUGAUCAACGGUCCGGAGAUCAUGUCCAAGAUGGCCGGCGAGUCGGAGAGCAACCUCCGCAAGGCUUUCGAGGAGGCCGAGAAGAAUGCCCCCGCGAUCAUCUUUAUCGAUGAAAUCGACUCGAUCGCGCCCAAGCGUGAGAAGACGAACGGCGAAGUCGAGCGUCGCAUUGUCUCGCAGCUCUUGACGCUCAUGGACGGCAUGAAGAAGCGCUCGAGCGUCGUCGUCAUUGGCGCCACGAACCGCCCCAACAGCAUUGAUGCUGCCCUCCGCCGCUUUGGUCGCUUUGAUCGCGAAAUUGACAUUGGUGUCCCGGACGAGAACGGCCGCCUCGAGAUCUUCCGCAUCCACACGCGCAACAUGAAGCUCGAUGACACGGUUGACCCCGAGGCGAUCGCCCGCGACACGCACGGUUUUGUCGGUGCCGACAUGGCCGCUCUCUGUACCGAGGCUGCGCUGCAGUGCAUCCGCGAGAAGAUGGACGUGAUUGACAUUGAAGACGAGUCGAUCGAUGCUGAGAUCCUGGACGCAAUGGCCGUGACGCAGGAACACUUCAAGUACGCACUCGGUGUCUCGAACCCUUCGUCGCUGCGCGAGACGACGGUCGAGGUGCCCAAUGUCAGCUGGAAGGACAUUGGUGGUCUCGAGUCGGUCAAGCGCGAGCUCCGCGAGCUCGUCCAGUACCCCGUCGAGCACCCGGAGAAGUUUGAGAAGUAUGGUAUGUCCGCCUCGAAGGGCGUGCUCUUUUACGGCCCGCCGGGUUGCGGUAAGACGCUGCUCGCCAAGGCCGUCGCCAACGAGUGCCAAGCCAACUUCAUCUCGGUCAAGGGUCCCGAGCUCCUCACCAUGUGGUUUGGUGAGUCGGAAGCCAACGUCCGUGAAGUCUUUGACAAGGCACGUGCGGCCGCGCCGUGCGUCUUGUUCUUCGAUGAGCUCGACUCGAUUGCGCAGCAGCGUGGCGGUUCGUCGGGUGACGGCGGUGGCGCCGGUGACCGCGUCAUGAACCAGCUCCUGACGGAGAUGGACGGCAUGGGGGCCAAGAAGAACGUGUUCUUCAUCGGUGCGACCAACCGUCCCGACAUUAUCGACCCGGCCCUCAUGCGCCCGGGUCGUCUCGAUCAGCUCAUCUUCAUCCCGAUGCCCGACCUCGAGUCGCGCCUCUCGAUUCUCAAGGCUGCGCUGCGCAAGAGUCCCGUCUCGAAGGACGUCGAUCUCAACUACCUCGCCGCCCAGACAGACAAGUUUACGGGUGCCGACUUGACGGAGAUUUGCCAGCGCGCCGCCAAGCUCGCGAUCCGCGAGUCGAUCCAGCGCGACAUGGAGCGCGAUCGCCUCCGUGCCGAGGCCGGCGACGACAUGCAGGACAUUGAAGAGGACGACCCGGUGCCCGAGAUUACGGCUGCGCACUUUGAGGACGCAGUGCGCAACGCGCGCCGCUCGGUGAGCGACCGCGACUUGCAGCAAUACUCGACGUUUGCGCAGACGUUGCAGCAGUCGCGCGCGCAGGUCAACUCGGCUGGCGGCUCCUUGGCCAACUUCAGCUUCCCCGGUCGCAACAUCAUUGGUGGUGGCGCCGGUGCGGCGGCGGCGGCUGUCGACGAAGACGAAGAAGACCUCUACAGCUAGAGUACACGCAGGACUUAAGGUGGAAGCGGAGCCUUAAAUUAUUUUUGUACUCGA